AUGCUGCUUCUCGCGAUCUUUGCCUUUUGCUUGGCCGGAAUCGUUGCACUUCCCAGCGGAUGGACUGCAGGCCCUGAUAAUUACUUCGGCAAACCUGGAGACGCAAAGUUUGAUUAUGUCGUAGUCGGAGGCGGCACAGCUGGCUUGACAGUUGCAGCGCGCCUUGCUGAAGACCCACGGCUCAGCAUCGCUGUCAUAGAAGCUAGUGACUUCUACGAGAAAGUCAAUGGUAACCUCAGCAUCGUGCCUGCCUAUGGUGGCGCAGUUUCAAAUCCAGCCGUGAACUGGGGUUUCAACACUGCGUCGCAAGCCGCCCUAGAGGCCGUCAGAUAG